CCUGGACCAGACCGCGCAGCGCCCAGGACCUGGACGGAGGGAGCCCUUGGUGCGGACUCGGGCGGGCGCCGGGGGCCGGAGGAGCGCGCGGAGGAGCCAUGGCCACCACCAACGGGGCCGUGGAGAACGGGCCGCCCGACAAGAAGCCGCCGGCCCUGCCGCGCCCCAUCCGCAACCUGGAGGUCAAGUUCACCAAGAUGUUCAUCAACAACGAAUGGCACGAGUCCACCAGCGGGAAAAAGUUCGCCACCUACAACCCUUCAACGCUAGAACAAAUCUGCGAGGUGGAGGAAGGAGAUAAGCCCGACGUGGACAAGGCCGUGGAGGCCGCACACGCCGCCUUCCAGAGGGGCUCCCCGUGGCGCCGGCUGGACGCCCUGAACCGAGGCCGCCUGCUGCACCAGCUGGCCGACCUGGUGGAGAGGGACCGCGCGGUCCUGGCCACCCUGGAGACCAUGGACACGGGCAAGCCGUUCCUUCACGCCUUUUUCAUCGACCUGGAGGGCUGCAUCAAAACCCUCCGCUACUUUGCAGGGUGGGCAGACAAGAUCCAGGGCCGGACCAUCCCCACAGAUGACAACGUUGUGUGUUUCACCCGGCACGAGCCCAUAGGUGUGUGUGGGGCCAUCACUCCUUGGAACUUCCCUCUGCUGAUGCUGGUGUGGAAGUUGGCGCCGGCUCUGUGCUGUGGCAACACCAUCGUCGUGAAGCCGGCCGAACAGACGCCCCUCACCGCCCUCUACCUCGGCUCUCUGAUCAAAGAGGUCGGCUUCCCUCCUGGCGUGGUGAACAUCGUGCCCGGAUUCGGACCCACCGUGGGAGCCGCCAUGUCCUCCCACCCUCGGAUCAGCAAGAUCGCCUUCACCGGGUCCAUAGAGGUUGGCAAGCUGGUUAAAGAGGCCGCGUCUCGCAGCAACCUGAAGAGGGUGACGCUGGAACUCGGGGGGAAGAACCCCUGUAUCGUGUGUGCCGACGCCGACCUGGACUUGGCCGUGGAGUGCGCCCACCAGGGAAUAUUCUUCAACCAAGGCCAGUGCUGCACGGCCGCCUCCAGGGUGUUCGUGGAAGAGCAAGUGUACCCCGAGUUCGUCAGGAGGAGCGUGGAGCGUGCCCGGAAGCGGCCCGUCGGGGACCCCUUCGACGCCAGGACGGAACACGGGCCCCAGAUUGACCAAAACCAGUUCGACAAAAUCCUCGCGCUCAUCGAGAGCGGCAAGAAGGAGGGAGCCAGGCUGGAAUGUGGGGGCUCGGCCAUGGAAGACCGGGGGCUCUUCAUCAAGCCCACCGUCUUCUCGGAGGUCACAGACACCAUGCGGAUCGCCAAAGAGGAGAUUUUUGGGCCGGUGCAGCCGAUCCUGAAGUUCAAAACGAUCGAAGAAGUGAUCAGAAGAGCCAACAGCCUGGAAUAUGGGCUCACGGCGGCUGUAUUUACGAAGAACUUGGACAAAGCCCUGAAGCUGGCUUCCGCCUUGGAGUCGGGCACUGUCUGGAUCAACUGCUACAACGCCAUCUACGCGCAGGCUCCGUUCGGUGGCUUUAAAAUGUCGGGAAACGGCCGAGAAUUAGGCGAGUACGCGCUGUCGGAAUACACCGAAGUGAAAACAGUCACCAUCAAACUGGACGACAAGGACCCCUGAGGGGAAGGCGGGCUCUGUCCUCCGACGUCUGAAUGUGGCCCAUCCAUCCAACCUGCCGGAGAGAGAGCGACCCUGCUCACUCCCUGGCCCUCUCUCUCCUGAGACCUUACGUCCACUGGAUGGAUGGGAGAGAGUCUCGUUUCCUCCUCAUUCCUGUUGCAUUGACCAGUAUGUUGGGGGGUGGAAUUGCAGUUCUGCCUGGAGGUGGCGCUGUGGAGCUUUCCUUUCUUUCUUUUUUUUUUUAAUCGUCACCUGAGGAUAUUUUUCCAUUGAUUUUUAGGGAGAGUGGGAGAGAGCAGGGAAAGACAGAGAGAAACAUCCAUGCACAAGAAACACAUCAAUGGGUUGCCUCCUGCACGUGCCCGGACUGGGGAGGAGCGCCUGCCACCGAGAUACGUGCCCUUGACAGGAAUCGAACCCGGGACUCUUCGGUCCCCAGGCCGAUGCUCUAUCCACUGAGUCACACCGGCUGGGGCACCUGCUUCCCUUUUCAACCGGGUCCCCUGGGAGGGUGAGGAGGCUCAGGGCGUGCCAACAGGAAGUGGUGGGUGAAGCCUCCGGCGGUCGCUUCAAAAUGCUUUGCUGACUCUACUCCAGGAAGAAUUUGGGAGAAACGUCCCUGCAUGUUCUAGAAACCUGGCCCUGUGUCUGGGGGGGCCCUCCCAGGUACCUGUGCCUCCCAUUCACAAGCCCCUCCUACCUUUCAUAUGGAAAGGAAUAGUACUAAAGUUAAAAAAAAACAAAAAACACCCAAACAAACAGAAUUGCAAGGAUCCACAAGGGGGCGCUAUUGGGAAGCAGGUCCCCUAGAAGGUUACUGACGGCCUUGGGUGUGAAAGGGCAUCAGUCUACGUUUUGACCUUGACCUUGGGACUCAGUUCAAACCAAGCCCAAACACCACCGCUGGGGUCCCCAUCCCUGUGGCCGGUCCAAUGUCCUGACGCUUAGAGCAGCAGAGCCAAUCCAAGCGUCAGUACGUCCCGCAUGAUCCCAAGCAGGGCCAUAACUCAGUUUGACGAAGGAUGUGUUUCCCUCGCUUGGAUUAGUGGUUGAGCUCAUGUUCCUUUUCCCCAGUUUGAUGUGCAAAACAUACACAACUCCACGGGCUGCUGCUCUAACACAGCCCUGGUUUAGUAGAGUCCUAUAGAGUCCUAUUUUUUUUUUUAAUCUCAGAGAGGAAGGGAGAGGGAGAGAGAGAAAGAGAGACAUCAAUGAUGAGAGAGAAUCAUGGAUGGCCUGCCUCCUGCACGCCCCCUAUUGGGGAUGGAGGGUGAACCCGGGCAUGUGCCCUGACGGGGAAUAGAACCGUGACCUCCUGGUUCCUAGGUCGGCACUCAACCACUGAGCCACGCUGGCUGGGCCAGGGUUAUCAUUUUUUUUCCAGAAAUCUGCAAUCCACCAUUCACUGUCGCCUCCGCACCAGUUAGUUCUUAUCACUUACACUGUCAGUAACUUGUGAAAUCAGGACUUAACGCAUACACUGAAUUUUCAGGAUUUUUAUCUUAAGUAAUUAUAGACACUAACCUUGAUAGGAAUACAUUAGAGGGUUCUUAUUCUGUCAUUGUACGAUAAUAAUGCCUUUAAUAUGAAACGGGACAUUAUUUAUAAUUGAUAUAGUUAAUGUAUCUUUUUAUAGUUGUCAGUAAACAGAGGUGGUAUAUUUAACCUUCUGUAAUAUACUGUAUUUAGAAAUGGAAAUCUAUAUAGGCUUAGAUGUCACGCCUUCGAAGGUUUACGCCUAUGGUACGGUUUUAAAAAAAUCUAUUGGCCUGGGAACUCCGACCCUAACUGCAGACUGUGUUAACAACGCAACCACAAUAAAAUUCAGUUGGAUAUUUGAGAAA